AUGGGGCCAGGGACCGGGGCCCCCCGGGCCGUGCGCCCCUACGAGGCGAUUCCCCGCAGCGGCCGCAACCGCUGGCUCCAGCUCCUGCGCUUCUGGCGCAGCGGCGGCUUCCAGGACUUCCACCGGCUCAUGGAGAGCAACUUCCAGCGCCUGGGACCCAUCUACAGGGAGACCGUGGGCACCUACAGCUGCGUCAACGUGCUGCUGCCGCAGGACGCGGCGCGGCUCUUCCAGGCGGAGGGCGUCUUCCCGCGCCGCAUGGGCAUCGAGGCCUGGAGCGCGCACCGGCAGCUCCGCAACCACAAGUGCGGCAUCUUCCUGCUCAACGGCGAGGAGUGGCGCGCGGACCGCCUGGCGCUCAACCGCGAGGUGAUCAGCCCGGCCGGCGCCCGCAAGUUCCUGCCCUUCCUCGACGCCGUGGCCCGCGACUUCGCCGCCGCCCUGCGCCGCCGGCUGCAGAAGAGCGCGCGGCGCUCGCUCACCGUCGACCUGCACCGCGACCUCUUCCGCUUCACCCUGGAGGCCAGCAGCUACGCCCUGUACGGGGAGCGCCUGGGGCUGCUGGAGGAGACGCCGGCCGCGGAGGCGCAGCGCUUCAUCGCGGCGGUGGAGACCAUGCUGCGCACCACCCUGCCGCUGCUCUUCGUCCCGCCGCGCCUGCUGCGCUGGCUCGACCACCGCCUCUGGCGGGACCACAUCGCCGCCUGGGACACCAUCUUCCAGCACGCCGACAGGUGCAUCCAGAACAUCUACCAGGAGUUCUGCCUGGGGCAGCCCCGCAAGUACUCGGGCAUCAUGGCCGAGCUGCUGCUGCAGGCCGAGCUGCCCCUCGACUCCAUCAAGGCCAACAUCACCGAGUUCACGGCCGGCGGCGUGGACACGACGGCGAUGCCGCUGCUGUUCACGCUCUUCGAGCUGGCGCGCAACCCGGCGGUGCAGGGCGCGCUGCGCGCCGAGAUCCGCGCCGCGGAGGCGCGCGGCCCCCGGGAGCUCUCCGCGGUGCUGAGCGCGCUCCCGCUGCUGCGCGCCGCCCUCAAGGAGACGCUCAGGCUCUACCCAGUGGGCAUCACGGUGCAGCGCUACCCCACCAAGGACGUGGUGCUCCACGACUACCGGGUGCCCGCGGGGACGCUGUGCCAGGUGGCCCUGUACGCCAUGGGCCGGAGCCCGGAGGUGUUCAGCUCCCCGGAGCGCUACGACCCGACGCGUUGGCUCAGCAAGGACGAGAACAGCUUCAAGGCCCUGGCCUUCGGGUUCGGCGCGCGGCAGUGCAUCGGGCGCCGCCUCGCCGAGGCCGAGAUGAUGCUCUUCCUCAUGCACGUGCUGCGCAACUUCAAGAUCGACACGGCCUCCAAGGAGGACCUCCGCACCGUCUUCGGCUUCAUCCUCAUGCCCGAGAAGCCGCCCCUGCUCACCUUCCGGCCCGUCGACUGA